ACAUGUGAAUCAGUUUUGACUCCCGAUAGUUCACUGUGUCACCUGUGUGGGGACAAAGCAAAGGUGGAUGGAAACAAUCCGUGUUUUGUAAUAUUCAACCUUGAGAAGCAGCUGAAGUACGUUGUGGGAAAAACAAAAGAAGACCUUCACAGAAAUCUCCGCACUGCUAGCUCGGCACAAAGUAUCAUAACCGAUAUGACAUCUGCCGCAGGCUAUAAAGCUCUGAGAGAAAAGGUGGGACUGCGUGAGAGUGACUUGACUUUAACUGUGAACACGGAUGGCAGCCCGCUCUUCGAGUCUUCAAAGACCUCUGUGUGGCCCGUCCAGUUUGUCAUCAAUGAACUACCACCUCGUAAACGUUUCAGUAACUGCACCCUCGCUGGCCUCUGGUGUUCGAAGAGCCACCCGGAUAUGUCCGUCUUCCUUUCAGAGUUUGUAACAGAGGUGAACAGCAUGGAACCUGUUCUCUGGGAGGAAGAUGGAUGCAAGCCCUCUUCGCGAUCAUUUGUGCUUUGCUGUGCCGUGGAUGCUCCCGCACGCGCUGCUGUCCUCAAUAUGAAACAGCAUAACGGGUACAGCUCGUGCACAUGGUGUCUAAUCACUUGCAGCUAUGUGGACAAUUGUGUGCGCUACAUAAGUAGCCAACCCGUGGAACAGCGAACAUCAGAGUUGCUAGUGCGAGAUGGCGAACUCUCACUAGAAUUGGACACUGAUAUCAAUGGUGUCAAAGGGCCAACACCAAUGAUGUACCUGCCAGGUUUUGACCUUGUUCGAGGCUGCAGUGUAGAAUACAUGCACUCUGUGUUGCUUGGGGUAGCACGUCAGUUGAACGAUCACCUGUUUGGCUCGUCCCACUCAGUAGAACGCUACUACAUAGGCUCUCGCGCACACAUGUCAAAGAUAAAUGGUCUCCUCUUAUGGAUAAAGCCUCCACAUUGCAUAACGAGGCUGCCACGAAGCUUGACUGACCGUGUGCACUGGAAGGCCUCGGAGCUGAGAAAUUGGCUGCUUUACUAUAGCCUCCCAUGUACAGUGGACAUACUGCCCAGAGAAUACUGGAGACACCUCGCAAAGUUGUCAGAAGCUGUCCAUAUCCUUCUAAGGGAAGAGAUAGCUGAGGAAGACAUCUCGCAUGCAGAUGAACACCUCGACACAUUUGUUCGCCGCUGUGUUCCUCUGUAUGGGAAAUCGUUUAUGACAUUUAAUGUCCAUGCCCUCCUUCACUUCGCUGAGUCAGUGAGGUUUCUGGGACCUCUCUGGGCCCACUCGGCAUUCGUGUUCGAGGGAGGGAAUGGUAAGCUGGUUAACCUGGUAUCUGCGGCAAAAGGUGCUCCACAGCAGAUUACAGAAAGAGUUAUCAUGCAUCACCUAGAGCUGGAAACUGUAUUAGCAGUGGGCAGCCUGCGUGCAGAGGAGAUGGCUGCCUGUGAGCGACUUCUUGGCUGUACCCGUCUCCAGAAUGCAUUCUACGAUGGGAAUGUGUGCAUGUUGGGCCACAGCCACACCGGGAGACUAAGCUCAACAGAAUUGGACGCCAUAGAACGCUUUCUGAACUGCAAGCCAGCCAGCAUCAUGGAGCAUGAUAGGUUCAUCUUUGGCACUCAAGUCUUCCACAGUAGCAGCUACUCAAGGCCGUCUAAAAGUGACUCCACUGUAUUUGUAUCGAGUGGUGGCGCCUACUACAAGAUAGAAAAAGUGGUGAAAGUGUGUACUGGAGCUUCUCCAAAGUGCCUACUGGUCUGCAGAAGCAUCGUUGUGUGCGUAUCUUCAUGUGUGUAUCCACCACAUAUCAAAAGUGCUUUCUCUCCCAGCGUGAAGAAGUACAUAUUCUACAACCUGAGAGCAUAAGAGACACUUGUCUUUUCAUUUCAUUUAAGGGCGGGCGGUCGUAUGUCUGCGACCUCGCAAACAAAGUUGAACGCGACUGAUUUUGUAUUCUGUUUGCAUUUUUUGCACCCGUCCCAGGGCACUGCUUUCAUGUGCUCUACCGUCAUAUUAAUGAAUUUUCUGUUACUUUCUAC